AUCAGCCACUGCAACUGCACUGCACGUUUAUCUCCGGCGCCGGCGGUGUAAUAAUAUGGAGCAGCCCGCCGGAAAUUUGAGUCAUGCAAAGCCAUUUUUUGCAGUGAUUCUUCAGCAGUUCAUCACUGCCGGAAUGGCCAUCAUUUCCAAGCUCGCUCUCAACCAAGGGAUGAACCAACACGUGUUGGUCGUCUACCGCUACUCCAUUGCCACCGUCUUCGUCGCUCCCUUUGCCCUCCUCUUCGAAAGGAAAGUGAGGCCGACAAUGACGUGGUCCACAUUUGGGAAGAUUGUGUUGUUGGGGUUAUUUGAGCCAGCACUGGACCAGAAUUUGUAUUACACAGGAAUGAAGUACACCACGGCUACUUUUGCAUCUGCUAUGACCAAUAUGGCCCCAGCAUUUGUGUUCCUUAUGGCUUGGAUUGUCCGGCUUGAGAAGGUUAACAUAAGGCGGACCGAGAGCCAGGCGAAGAUUUUAGGUACAGUGGUGACUGUAGGAGGGGCGAUGGUAAUGACUUUGGUAAGAGGACCGAUCUUAAAUCUGCCAUGGACAAAUCACAACCACCAUCAAGCUUCCGCAACUACAGCCAACCAGCAAGAUCUCAAGGGUGCUCUCAUGAUCACUUCAGGCUGUAUUUUUUGGUCUGCUUUCAAUGUUCUUCAGGCAAUUACCAUAAAGUCAUACCCAGCUAGACUCUCCUUAACAGCUUGGAUAUGCUUCACUGGCGCCGUGCAAGCUACAGUGAUAGCUUUAGCAAUGGAAUGGCACAGCCCUGCAGCCUGGUCAUUGCAUUUAGAUUCCACCCUCUUAGCUCCUUUAUACAGUGGAAUCAUGUCUUCAGGGGUUUCAUAUACCAUUCAAGCAGCGGUAAUGAAGACAAAAGGACCAGUUUUUGCAACCACAUUUAGUCCCCUGAGCAUGGUUAUUGUUGCAAUUAUUAGUUCGUUCAUACUAUCCGAGAUAUUGUACUUAGGAAGGAUUAUUGGAGCAGCUGUAAUUAUUACAGGUCUUUAUUUAGUUCUGUGGGGUAAAAGCAAGGAUCAGACUCCAUACAAUUCAGCAAGUGAGAAGAUGGUCCCAUCAGAUCAGAAAAUGACUGCAAUAACUGACAAACCUAAGACUACAGAAAAAGAACUUGUAGUCGAUCUAACUAGAAUAAGAACAGUGGAUGAUUCGGUUUGAGAUCAUCUACAAAAACCAUCAUUGAAACUUUUAUAUAGCCAUAUGAUGGGGUUAGGAAAUGCUCCAGGAAGCCAAUUCUCUCUGCUGUUGUCUUCUUUGUGCGAAUUAGGAAGGAUGUCCAAUAUGCCCGUGUAUAAAUGAGUCAAAUUGUAAGGUAGUAGAUCUCGGGUCAAAUUAUUCUGAAAUGGACUACUCCUGAUUCUUCAUUUAUAAUGUAUUUGAGCUAAAUCGCAAAAGUCAAUUCAUAUCCAAACGUCAUAAUCCA